AUGCACCAGCACCCACGUCCUUCGAUCAGGACCGCCGCCUCGGCCGCAACUCCUCAUACCAAUCCCUCGAGGUCCUCCAAUACACGAGACACCAUGUCGUCUCGGACAUAUUCCAGCGAGGAUCUGUCUUCGGGCAGCCAGACUGUUCGUUCGACCGACGGGAAAGAGCAGAGCGUCAAAGACAGAGCCAAUUUGGUCGUCCAGCACUUCUUCACAAAGGCUGCUCUCAUCAUCUGCUCGUCUCGAGUCAGUCUACCACCUGCCAUGUCCAGAAAUGGCGAAGCAAAGAUCGAUAGAUGGUUCAAUACCUUGAUAGAGGAAACAGACAUCUUGAACCAAGACUUGCAAGAGUGGAGGUCGAUGGAUGCAACCGUAGAAAGACCUGCUCCUUUGGUAAUCGAUGUCUACUUGGACACUGCGCAACUCGCCCCCAACCAGUCAUUGGUCGCAAUAGAUGAAGAAGGCAAACCAUGGGAUGUAAGCGAGACUCUGAGAAGACUCGAAGCUUCAGCUCCCACGCCUCAAAACCACACCCUCUCCCGAUUCGUAUACGAGAGAUGGACAAUCAGUCUGGACGAUGCUUCAUCCGUAUCUCCAGCAACACUCAACGAACCCGCACCCAGCUUCUACAAGAAGGGUGUUAUCACAUGCAGAGCUCUCUGCACCUACGCACGGCUAUUGCCAGCAUGGAAGCUGAGGACCCGUCUUGGAAAGCAAGCUGCAACCGGGCCUGCGACACUACGACCUAGAUAUCGUGUCUCAGAUGGCUCGCUCGCUGAGAAAUCUCGGGUAGACACCCUCAGCUGCUCAAUCUUCCCUUCAGACAGACGUCCGACCGAGACGUAUCGCUUCUCACCCCUACACUGCCCAUUGGGCUCCUUGAACAUCUCGGUGACAUAUCGCAAGAACCUGGAUCUGCAGGUCGAGCUUUCCGAGCGCCUUAUAAGUGCCAGGAUGGCUGGACAUGAACGCCCUGAUAGCCGGUUGUCAGGAGAGUCGAGUAGAGAAAGAACCUCGAUGGACCAGGAACGCCCCUCUCUGCGCAAUCAGACCCCUAGGUUCUCUUCAUCCUUUCAAAGAUCUUCUCAAAGACCCACCACCCUCGGUACAUCUCCUCGAACUGCUUCUUUCCGCGAGCCUGCCGAUCGACCCAUCUCAGCACAAGCCAUUGACGAGCAUGACGUGUCUGGACCUUCAUCACAACAGGACGAUCAACCUCGCCGCUAUUCAUCACAAAGUCAGAGAGAUCGUGAAGCUCCUCGUUUCGCGCCUUCGUCUUUGAGAGAUCCGAAUGCAGUCCAGCGUAGACCGUCUGUCUCCUUCCAACCUUUCAAAGCCGGCUCGCUGUCAUCGUCGCCUGCUGCUGGCAACUUCCUGUCAAGUUCGCCUAGCAGUUCCGUCGGUCGAACUUCCGCCAACCCACUGCUGGCACAUGCUCGUAAGUCGUCCUUGUCAACGCUACCUCAACAAGCUUUGCGAAAUCCUGGUGCUGUGACCGAGACAGCCGUUGGCUCUUCUGCAUCGAGCUCGCCCAAACCUGCUCCUAUUCAAAGGUACUCGUCAAGCUUCAGUAACCGAAGAGCACGUUUCCCUUCGGUGUCUAGCAGUAGGGUUGAGGAAGACAACAACAGCAGUGGCAGAGCUAGUGUCUCCUCCACGAACCGCGGAUCAAGCACACUCCAGGAAGGUGAAGGAGGUGCUAGCUCAGGCUCAGUGCAGGCCGACGAAGACAACAUCGCCGACUUCCUCAAGCUACUUGAUAGGAAUAAGGGCCUAUCAAGUCUUAACAAGACCGAUAAAGCCUCCUUGAACGCCAACUCGCAACGCGCAGCCGCACAAUACUCCAAAUUCUCACGCAUGCGGGAUUCAACCGCCCAACUUUCAGAAUCAAUGCAGUCAUCAGUGAUGCUGCAAAGAUCGUCCAGUUCAUCGAGCCGACAGCUGCAAAACGUACCAGGCAUGAUUCCCGGCUCCAUAUCCACUUCUUCAUCACCCGGCAAGCCUAUUUCGCCGCAUACACCACAUAUACCCGCCAUUCCAUCGAGACUGAGCAACAACAGCAUUACUGCAGACUAUACCCGUGAUCGCAGUCGCAGUCGUCUUUCUGGCACUCGCCUCCAACCUUCAUCAAACGAUGGGGCAAGAGACAUCUCUACUCACCCAAUCCCACGCGGUUCUGGUACGCCUUUGUCGACAGCUAUCGACAUUCCCACCUCUCCUCGUACCUUCAUUUCGAAUCGCCGCUCGUCAUCCACAACUCAACAAGCUCGCGCAAGAGGCGUUACGAAUGUCGAAGAUCAAGACGCUUACGGCAUGCGUUCAGCGAGUAUGCCUGUCGCAGAAGGCGUACGAGGUGAACUCAGCCUGUCCGAGCUGUUGAUGCAAGGGGAAAGCGGAAGUGGUGGAAGUGGCGGUGUUGGCAGCAUGAGACGCAAGAACCGUGAAGGUUCCACCAGUGCUCUCGACGACGACGAGCCACUACUUUUCGCUCUGGCUGAUUAA